UUCGUUCUCCCAAACCGUUUGCUCCCGAAGAAGCAAUUCCCGGAGAGAGAGAAGCGCCUCCUCUCUCUCUCAUCCUCUUCCCCGGGAGGAACCUCUCUCUCUCUCUCUCUCUCUCUCUCUCUCUCUAUAUGUUCGUGCUAUCACUAGGGUUUCGAUGUCGAAGUCCACAAUCACCUCUGUAGAGCUCAAUUACCUCGUCUUUCGAUACCUCCACGAAUCAGGAUUUGCUCACUCAGCAUUUUGUUUAGGAUAUGAAGCAGGGAUUCACAGAUCUAAUAUUGAUGGAAAUAUAAUUCCACCUGGUGCUCUUAUUACCAUUGUACAAAAAGGUCUUCAAUAUAUAGAGUUAGAGGCUAACGUUAGCAAUAGCGAUAUAGAUGUCGAUGAGGAAUUUUCUCUCUUACAACCUCUGGAUCUUAUUACAAAAGAUGUGAACGAGCUACAAGAAAUUAUAAGGGAGAGGAAAAGGAAGAAAUAUCAGCAUGAGCAAGAUAAGGACAAGGAAAAAGAUAGAGAACGGACUCUUGGAGGUGAAAAGGAGAAGGAAAGACAUGAUAGAGAUCAAGAGAGGGAUAAAGAAAAGAUGGAAAAGGAUAAAGAGCAAGAAAAGGACAGAGAAAAGGAUAAGCAGCAUGGUGAGCGCAAAGAUAAGGCCAGACUUGAUGAAAAUGGAGCUGGAGGGCCUGAACCAACUGAUGCCGCCCCAAGCUCUCACCCAGUCACUAGUGAGAUAUCUAGUUCUGACGUAACUAUAUUGGAAGGCCACUGUUCUGAGGUAUUUGCGUGUGCUUGGAGCCCAGCAGGUUCUCUUCUAGCAUCUGGGUCUGGGGAUUCAACGGCAAGAAUUUGGACGAUUCCAGAUGGUCCUUGUGGUUCUAGUGUGCAAGCAUUUCCCCCAACUGCUCAUGUUCUGAAACAUUUUAAAGGGCGAACUAAUGAGAAGAGCAAGGAUGUCACCACACUUGAUUGGAAUGGAGAAGGUACUUUACUAGCUACAGGUUCAUAUGAUGGACAUGCAAGAAUAUGGAGUAAGGAUGGGGAGUUGAAGAAUACUUUGAUCAAGCAUAAGGGACCAAUAUUUUCUUUGAAAUGGAACAAAAAGGGUGAUUUCCUCCUUAGUGGAAGUGUUGACAAAACUGCUAUUGUGUGGGACACGAAGACAUGGGAGUGUAAACAACAAUUUGAGUUUCAUUCAGCUCCAACACUUGACGUUGAUUGGAGAAACAAUAAUUCUUUUGCAACAUGCUCAACUGAUAACAUGAUCUAUGUUUGCAAGAUUGGAGAGUCUCGCCCAGUCAAGGCAUUCUCUGGGCAUCAGGGUGAAGUUAAUGCUAUCAAAUGGGAUCCAACUGGUUCUUUGCUGGCUUCAUGCGCUGAUGAUGGGACUGCAAAGAUAUGGAGUCCGAAGCAGGACAAGUUUUUGUAUGAUUUCAAGGAUCACAGCAAGGAAAUAUAUACAAUCAAAUGGAGCCCCACAGGCCAGGGAACAAACAACCCUAAUCACCAACUAGUGUUGGCAAGUGCAUCCUUUGACUCAACUAUCAAGCUAUGGGAUGUAGAUCAAGGGCGCCUUUUGUACAGCUUGAACGGCCACAGGCAACCUGUAUAUUCUGUCGCGUUUAGCCCCAACGGUGAGUACUUGGCAAGCGGAUCGUUAGAUCAGUGCCUGCACAUAUGGUCAGUAAAAGAAGGGAGGAUAUUGAAGACCUACAGAGGCGGCGGCGGCAUCUUCGAAGUGUGCUGGAACAAAGAAGGCGAUAAGAUUGCUGCAUGUUUCUCUAACAACACUGUAUGUGUUAUGGAUUUCAAAAUAUAGUGAGAUGUUAUGAUGCUGUAGGCUUUCAGAUUUAAUGAUAGGCUUCCUACAUUUCUCAUUGAAAAGUUAUGCUGUUGUUUAACGGAUUCUCCGCAGAUUGUCGUCUGGCAAAUUAAUGUGAUUAUAUGGUACUGAUGUUUGAAAA